AGUUAGGGAAGGGAAGACUCCAUUGUAACUUCUGAGAUCAGUCGAUGGGCAAACCUGUUUUCUCUGCCAUAGGGACGCCUAUCAGGUAAGAACCACACUCUAUGUGCACUGAAUACUUUUAUUUGGGAUUAAGGCUUGUCUUUGUAUUGCUUUGAAUACAUUCUUGCAUUCAGGUAAUAUCACCGGCAGUCUUCAAACCAUAACCUGUCACGAUUUUGUACUAAUAAAGAGUGUAAUUCCGUAACCCGUCAGCAUGAGUCCUUCACAGGUGCUGGCAGCUGCCAGCAGUGGGUAACACACUUGAAUAAGGUGGGAAGACCCACUGAGGGGUCUCCCUUAUGCUGUUGGUGUAUUUCCCUGAAUAAGUCAGUCAAACCGCCCUCCAAUCCAGCAGGACUAUUCAGUGAAGGGUCCCCAUGAUGGGACACUGACAGACUAGUUGACCACAAGGGUCUCAGCUUUCCUGGGGCACUGACAGAUGAAUAAAACACUGAGAGUCAAGAAAAACUCCCCACAGUAAGGGUCAAGGAAAUCUCCCCUUUUCACGUGACAGUCACAUAUGGCAACUCUAUGGUAUAGAGGAGUUGGGAGUGAAGGUUAAGCUAAAAAAAAAUGGAGGCAGUGUGGGAGAAGAUGUUGUUUUAAUUUUUGUCAUUGUUUCUCACUAUCCAAGUCUAUUUUAAUUUGUAGUAAAUUAAAUUAUUUAUCCCUAAAUGGAAUCUGAUUUGCUUAUAAUGGUAAUUGACAAGCAAUGUCCUUGUCUUUAUUUCAACCCAUGACCUUUGUCAUCUUAUUUCCUGCCCCUCUCCUUUGUGGAGGGUAUGUGGUUGAAGACAGAUUUACACUGUAUGUUAUAUUGUAUUUAACUGUAACAUAAUAUACUCCACCUGUGGCCAAUCCAUGGCAUGUAAGAACAUGUCACAACUAAUAACUAAUAUUAGUACUGUAUUUUAAGUGGUAGAAACCACUUUGUUGCUGCUGUUAUUCAACCUCAGCAUUGCUAAUGCCCUUGUCACUUUAAAAAGAUGUAGGCAUAGAAAUAAAUGCAUUUCAAACAUUCUCACUGUUGCUAUUCUUACCUUCUUCCUCUGAUGUUAUCAUGUGAGGUCUAAAUUUUAUCAAUUUCCAAAAGCCCUUGUCGUUUUACUGUCUAUUAUGUGCCAGUCCUACACCUGCGGUGCUAUAUAAAUGCUAAUAAUACAUCAAUAUGCUCAUUCUUUAUGAAUUCUGUAGGUGGAAUUCCAUCUGGUUUGUAUAUGCCAACUGAGAUGCUGGUGUGAAAUGUCAUUGCUGUUCAGAAUUUGUGAUGGCUUAUGAGCAGUUGGGAAAUGACAGGGAAAAAAAUCACGAAACUGGACGUGCCUAUAAUUCGAACAAAGACAUCCAGCCUGUGCUUGAGAUGGUGGCUAUCACUGGUGCAGAAUACCCAAGUCCUUAUUCUCUGGAAAGCCGUAGUGAAGCAAUUAGGAUAUUAACUAGCCUUUUCAGCUUUUUCUGAAUAUUUUCAGCUCAACCUAAUGUGUUUAAGAGAGUUUUGAUACUCAGAGUACUGAUAUUUCUUUCACAAAAUGUAUCUACUUUGGACUUUGGGAGUGAGUAGUAGGAACUUGGAGCGUUCCUGGCUCCCAGUAAAGCUUUCCUACCUUCAGCCAUAUAACUGGUCUCAAAUGGGCAGUUUCUCAGUUCCAGAAAGAUCAGUCUUGUCUUCCAUAUAGCCAUGCAGGAACUCACCAGCAGGUAGUGAUGUGCAGGGUCUGAGUAAGUUUGUGCAAAAAUAUGAUGAGUCUAUGAACAUAUUUUUUGACUAUUCCCUAGGCUGAAGUUGUGACCUUUUGCAUGAGAUACUGAUGGAUUUGACUGAAUUAGACUAAGAAAACUUGAUCUUAAGAACCCUGAAGUCUUAAGUGUAAAAAGUUAGAGAAUAUAGAAAAUAAUUUUGCAACUUUUCCCAGUUGGAAAUUGGAUGAUGCCUGGAAGUGUCCUCACUGGCUAAUCUAAAUUGUAUUCUUAGCUGCUCUAAGUAUUCAUCACUUGCCAAGGAUUAAUGUCACUAUGGAUUACAAAAGGAAGCAAUUCAGUGCUUCAUUGGUAAAGAGGAAACAAGUUUUCCCUUAUUUUCAUCUCUUGGCCACUUCCACUGGAACAUAUUGUGAUCAAGCCUAAACCAAGAACUUUCAAAACCAGGAAGUCCUGAUAAUUAAUAGAAAUUAGCCUUUUAAAUAGUACUUGUAAAGUGCUUGGUGCACAGCCUAGAUACAUAUCUGUCACAGAAAUAGACUGCAGCUGUUUUGUGGGGUAAGACUCAGAAAUGGAAGUGUUUUAUCGCUCUCAGAAAAUUGUAUCAUCAUCAUCCUGGGUUAAGGAUGAUUAGGCAGCAUGAGAGCUGAGAAACACAGAAGCCAGGGACAGCCCUGGGGCUGCAGGGGGAAAGAGGAGGAGGGGACAGAGGAGGAGGAAGGCAGCUGCUUGCCUGCCCUCCUCACAGCCUGCCAAGCUGCGGCCAGUGAUGCCCCUAUGGCCAGGAGCAGGAGCAAGACCACCCUCUGCACAUGGCUCCUCUGCCCUGGGAUGCUUGGCUGUUUCUUGCUGGGCUUUCUUACAGGAUGGUUGACAAAACUGUCUGAAAAAACCCUCAACUCUUCAGUUGUCUACCAAAAUGUGAGACAGAAACUUGUGGCUGAAAUGAAAGCAGAGAAUAUCAAGCACUUCCUUCGCUCAUUUACUAGAUUGCCUCAUCUCGCAGGAACUGAACAGAAUCUUAUUCUUGCCAAACAAAUUCAAGGCCGGUGGAAAGAAUUUGGAUUGGAUUCAGCUGAACUUGUUCAUUAUGAUGUGCUUCUUUCAUACCCAAAUGAAAAGCAGCCAAACUACAUCUCAGUAAUUGAUGAUCAAGGGAAUGAGGUUUUCAAUACAUCAUUGUUUGAACCACCUGCACAGGGGUAUGAAAAUGUUACUGAUAUACUACCACCAUAUAAUGCUUUUUCAGCACAAGGAGUGCCAGAGGCAGAUCUGGUCUAUGUGAAUUAUGGUCGUACGGAAGAUUUUUUUAAGCUGGAACGUGAAAUGGGAAUUAACUGUACAGGAAAGAUUGUCAUUGCCAGAUACGGGAAGAUCUUCAGAGGAAACAAAGUUAAAAAUGCCGUACUAGCAGGAGCCCAAGGGAUCAUACUUUAUUCAGACCCUGCUGACUACUGUGCCCCAGGAAUAGAUGCUUAUCCAGGUGGCUGGAACCUUCCAGGUGGAGGAGUCCAGCGUGGGAAUGUAUUAAACCUGAAUGGAGCUGGGGACCCUCUAACACCAGGUUAUCCUGCCAAAGAGUACACUUUCAGGUAUAAAGUUAAUGAAGGUGUAGGGAUUCCCAGAAUCCCGGUUCACCCCAUUGGAUAUCAUGAUGCAGAACUAUUAUUGAGUGCAAUGGGAGGACCUGCAGCUCCAGACAGCAGCUGGAAGGGAAGUCUCAGUGUGUCUUAUAACAUAGGACCAGGAUUUACAGGCAACUCUUCUACAAGAAAAGUAAGAAUGCAUGUUCAUACAAGUAAUAAAAUAACACGAAUUUACAACGUCAUUGGCAUCCUCAGAGGAGCCGUGGAACCAGACAGAUAUAUUAUUUUAGGUGGUCACAGAGACUCUUGGGUAUUUGGUGGUAUUGAUCCAACUACAGGUGCAGCUGUUCUGCAAGAAAUUGUACGAAGUUUUGGUAAAAUGAAGAUGGAAGGUUGGAGACCUAAGCGAACUAUUAUUUUUGCAAGCUGGGAUGCAGAAGAAUUUGGAUUAUUGGGUUCCACAGAGUGGGCUGAGGAAAAUGCCAAAGUCCUUCAGGAACGGGCAGUUGCUUACAUCAACACAGAUUCUUCUAUAGAAGGGAACUACACAUUAAGAGUUGACUGCACCCCUCUUCUCUACAAACUGGUGUAUAAUCUGACAAAAGAGAUUUUAAGCCCUGAUGAGGGUUAUGCAAAUAAGUCUCUUUAUGAGAGCUGGCUUGAGAAAGACCCUGGAACUGAAAAUAAUAGCUAUCCAAGAAUAAAUAAACUGGGGUCAGGCAGUGAUUUUGAAGCUUACUUUCAGCGACUGGGAAUUGCAUCAGGCAGAGCUCGUUACACCAAGAAUAGGAAAGCAGACAAAUUCAGCAAUUAUCCUGUUUAUCACACUGGGUAUGAGACAUUUGAACUAGUGGAAAAAUUUUACGACCCCACUUUCAAGAAACAGCUAACAAUUGCCCAGUUACGAGGAAAACUGGUUUAUGAACUGGCAGAUUCCCAGGUCAUUCCAUUCGACUGUAGAGAUUAUGGAGAAGCCUUAAAAGGAUAUAGCAAUAGAAUUUAUAAAUUGGCCAAGAAGCAUGAAGAAAAGCUGAAACUUUACAAAGUGUCAUUUGAUCCUCUUUUUUCUUCUGUGGUGAACUUUUCAAAGGCUGCUGAUGAAUUUCACAGGAGGCUUGAACAAGUGGACAAGAAAGAUCCAGUUGCAGUGCGAAUCAUGAAUGAUCAGUUGAUGUUGAUAGAAAGAGCUUUCACUGAUCCUCUGGGCUUGCCAGGAAGGAGGUUUUACAGACAUGUCAUUUUUGCUCCAAGCAGUCACAACAAGUAUGCCGGAGAGUCCUUCCCAGGGAUCUACGAUGCCAUGUUUGAUAUUCAAAGCAAAGCUGAUCAACAUGAAGCCUGGGAAGAAGUGAAGAGGCAAAUUUCCAUUGCAGCCUUCACUGUACAGGCAGCAGCAGAAACACUGAAGGAAGUAGCAUAGGAUGAUGGCUUUGAAAACUCACACAUCAAAGUCUGACAUGCAGAGUAGUCAGGCUACUGCAGCGACCCAGUCUCCUCUGAAUGUCUGCUGUAUCUAGUUUCCAACCUUCCAAAUGCAUGCAAAUGUGCUGGCAGGGUAAGCAGGAGCUUUGUGUGUCAAAAAACUCCUGAGUUAGAAAUUACUGCAUCUCUGACACUGACAGAACUGCAGCUUUAUGAACAGCCCCAGAUGGAAGCAAAUUUGGAUGUGGGGAGAGUGGGGAGGGUGGGGAGCAGGAACAAUCAGUUCCCAAUUAGAGUUUUCUGAAAGAUCUGCCAAUUUUGAGAACCUGUUGUUUUGGAUGUACAAUUACAGAACCAGUUAUUUACCAAGCUACCUGUAACUUUUGUCCAUAGCAGUGAUCAACAGCACACAUUUUGAGAAAAAAAAAUAUAACACUUUUCAGCCUGUGCAUUUUUCUUGUUCUGAUAAUUACUUUUAUAAUAUAAGACAUCAAAGGCAUUCCUGUGUUUUAGAA